AUGGAGGCGUUGCUACGCCGCGAGGGAAAAAAGAAAACUCGAGGCGACGGCUCGCCGCACUCGGUGAGACGAGGCGACGAGGUCGCAGCCAUCGCGUGCAGGCCUCAAGAUCGGAGGCGCUUCGACGCGCUGCACGCACUGUACCAGACCGGCGCGCGGGCGCUGGAUGCCGACCUCCUUGAGGAGAUCAACGCGGCUCUCGAAGUCAACAGCGGCAGCUACACCGUGUGGAUGCUGCGCCGGCGCAUUCUCUCGGCGUCUCCCUCGCUAAUUGACGCAGACGAGCUCGAGUUCAUCCGCGACUGGACGAAGGCGAGUCUGAAGAACUACCAAGUCUGGUUCCACAGGCGCUGGGUCGUUGAGCAGUGCGUGAGCCGCAUGCGAGAGGAGGCCGCGAAAGCAGGCCGCGACGCCGAAAAAGACGUCCGCGUCUUCUGCGAGGAAGAGCUCGAGGACCUGACGGAUGUGCUGUCGAAGGACGCGAAAAACAUGUCGGCUUGGUCUCAUCGCGUUUGGCUGCGGAGCGUCUGUCCGCGGCCGGUCGCCGCGGACGUCGCCUGGGGCUUGCGCUGGAUUCGCGCAGACCCCUUCAACAACUCGGCGUGGAUGUUCCGGCGCCUCCUCGCGAGCGCACAGGCGCGCGGCGAGGGGGAGGCAGACUGCGGCGCGCGAAAACCCGAGGGCGACCCAACGACGCAGAGGCCGCAGGCCCCAGCUGCAGCAGAGCGUGAGGCGGAGGGCGACGCCGCGGACGCCGAUGGAGGCGCGAAAAGCGUCUCACGAAGGGCGACAGAGACAAAGACCGCAGAGCUGGCGCGCCGACGCCGCAUGCGGACGUGGUUAGACGAGGUUCGAUUUUCGCUCGUCUGCUGGCGCACCACGCCAGGAAACGAGGCCGCGCUUCGCUACCUCCUCGACGCUGCAAACCAGUCGUUGGCAGCACUCGCGGAGGCGCAGAAGGCCGGCGUUGCGGACAAGGCUGACGCAGUGCAUCGUGAACCCGAAGCCGAUUCGCGGGCCUCAUGCGGCGGAGCGCCCUCGGCUGCGCAACUCGAAAGGGAAGAGGGCGACCUCUCGCGCGAAGAGCUCAUUGGAGUCCUGCAGCGAGCCGCAGAGCAUGUACUCAGCCGCGUGACCCGUGGAAAGCCGCAAAGAGCCACGUCAUCCUCGCGCGCGUCCGCGGCUUCGCCGGCCUCCGCUGCGUCGUCUGCUGAGGCGUCUCGCGACCCUCCCUCAGCGUCCACCGAGCCGACAUCGCGUCUUUCGGUGCCAGCAGAAGACUCACGCGUUGUGCUCUCGGGGUCCCCCAGGGGCGAAGAGAAAGGCGCGAUGCGCUUCGCGCUCGAGUUGCUUCUCUUCUGCGCCUUGGAGGAGAGUAACUUCCUUCACGCCGCGCAGAUCUCUGAUGAACUCGCGCGCGUGGACCCAAUUCGCAAAGCCUACUGGGCGUGGCGAAGCGACGAGUACCUUCGCCGCUAG